AGGUUUUCAAGUUUUUAGGGAGGACAGUUAGUGGUAUCAUCUAGAAUGUCCAGACUAUAACGCCAUAAUUAAAGAUCAGUUGUUGAAUAAUUAUUAUAAUAUUCUUCAUAAAAUAAUAAAUAAUAUUAAGUAUGAUAAUAAAAUAUUAAAUAUGAUUUCAAUUAAAUAAUAGGUCGGUGAUUCUGUACAUGUUUGUCAAUCAUAAAACAAAUAAAUAGAGGUCAGAAGAGACAGGCGCUCUUCUAGCGAAUUAAUAAACACACUAAAGUUUUAAAUGACAUUUCAAAAAUAAAAUUUAGAGAAGGAAAAUAUGCUAAAUUUUGAAAUUAUUUGCCGUACAUGUUCUUCACAGGGUGAAUUACAUUCUUUAUUUGGUGAUGAUUUAAGUCCUGCAGAAAUGCUAACCGAAAUUGUUGAUAUUAAGAUAAUUAGAGGCGACAAAUAUCCACAAAAUAUAUGCGUGAGAUGUUUGGAUGUACUAAAAUCUGCGUACUUAUUUAAGAAUCAAUGUGUUGAAGUGUAUAGGAAAUUCGAACAAUAUUUAUCGCUUAGUUCAGAAAAUUUUAUAGAUUGUAAAGAAGGACUGGUUAAUUCUAUUAAAGAAGAAAGGCAAGAAGACCAUUCAGACAUUGAUGAAGAAUGGGUCGAACUAGAUGAUGUUAAUGUUACAGAGAAAAAACUCUUUGGAUGUGAACAGUGUAACGUACAAUUCAAAAAUCAAAAACCUUAUAAACGACAUCUUAAACAACAUGAACAAUUGUAUAUGUAUCCCAUUUCUGGUGCCCAUUUUUCCAGUGAAUAUAAUUUAGAACAACAAAGCCGUAAAAAUUUUACUGAUACAUCUUUUACUUGUGAAUAUUGCAAUAAAUCUUACAAACGUAAACAGCAAUUGCUUUCUCACAUCAAUUUAAAACACGCUGAUGAGCAAUUAUUCACUUCAAAUGUGACUCCUGAGCAAUUUUCUAGUAGAGCUAAACAUUCAGAAAAAGGGAAAUCAUUGUGCGACUACUGUGGACGUGGUUUUCGUCAAGCUGGAAAACUUAAAAUUCAUAUUAGAACUCAUACCGGCGAAAAACCUUAUGCGUGUACUGAAUGCGAUAAAUCAUUUCAUUGUCAAUCACUUUUAACCCAUCACACACGAAUAAAUCAUACAAAAGAAAAACCAUAUAAAUGCGACUUCUGUGGGAAAUCUUUUGGAUUGUCACGAUGGUUAAAACUACAUUUAAGGAUACAUACAAAUGAUAAACCAUUUACAUGUGAUAUUUGUAAUCAAAAAUUUCGACAAAUACAUCAUUUAACACGACAUAAAUACGUACAUACCGGUGAAAAACCAUUUUCAUGUAGUGUUUGCAAUAAACAAUUCACUCAAAACAGUAAUUUACGAACGCAUAUGAGAACACAUACGGGGGAAAAACCUUACGUGUGUUCGAUAUGUGGGAAAGGUUUUCAUGAUUCUAGUAGCAUGAAAAACCAUCAUAAAAAGCAUAUUUUGUUGAAUAAUGAAGAAAAUAAAAUUGUAUCAAAUGAUUUACAGAAUACAGAAAAAAAUGCUACUGAAGCUAACUGCAUCAAUUUCUCACCAGAACAAUGCGGAUGGACAGUAAAUGACAAUAAAAUUGAACCGCUUUGGUUCGAAGGUGAUCCAACACCUCUCUUAGUUGAAGACAUUGUUAUGGUAGAACUUGAUGAAGUAGAGCUUAAUGAAAUUGAUAAUUGUGACGAUGAUUCUUAUGAUAAUGAUGAUUACAACAAAAAAAAUGACAGUGACCAUGACGAUAAUAACGAUGAUAAUCAUGAAAAUAAAGGUGACCAUUAUGAUAAUUAUGAAAAAAGUGACGAUGAUCAUGGCCGUAGUGACAAUGAUCAUGACGAUAUUGACAUUAAGGUGAUAAAAGGCGAUAAAUAUCCACAAAAUAUUUGUACGAGAUGCUUGGAUACUUUAAGAUCUGCUUACAUAUUCAAGAAUCAAUGUUUAGAUGCAUAUAAAAAAUUUGAGCAAUAUUUAUCGAUUAAUUCAGACAUCAAUUUAGAUUGUAAAGAAGAACCUGUUAAUGCUGUUUUUGUAAAAGAGGAAAAACAAUCAGAUCAUUCAGAAAUUGAUGACAACUGGUUCGAAUUAAGUAAUGAUUUAGAAAGUAUUCCAGAGAGAAAAUCUUACGAGUGUGAAGCGUGUAAUGUAAAAUUUGAAAAUAAAAAAAAUUAUGAAAAGCAUUUAAAAACCCAUAAACAGUUGUAUAUUUGUCCUAUUUGUGGUGAACAAAAAUCAAGUAAAGCUCGCUUAAAACAGCAUAGCUUUAAACAUUCAGACGAAAAACCUUAUAAAUGUGAAAAAUGUAACACGCAGUUCAAACAUCCACACAAUUACAGAAGACAUCUCAAAAAUAAUGAAGAAUCAUACAUUUGCUCCAUUUGUGGAAACCAGUUUUCAAAUAAAAAACAUUUAGAAAAACAUAGCCAGGAACAUAAUAAUGAAAAACUACUCACCGACGAAAAUUGUGAAAAAUCCUUCAACCAAUGUCCUGUUAAGUUAAAAAAUAUCAAUAAUGAGUUGUUUAAUUCAAAAAUAACGGUCGAAAAAGUUUUGCCAAAAAAUGAAGCUAAGAGAAAAUAUCUAUGCGAUUACUGUGGUCGUGCGUACACUGAGGCUACGAGAUUAAAUGCUCAUAUACGAAUUCAUACCGGCGAAAAACCAUUUUCAUGUACUGAAUGUAAUAAGUUUUUCACAGAUAAAAAAAAUUUGCGCCAACAUAUACGAAUACGUCAUUCGAAUAAAAAACCCUAUAAAUGCAAUUUUUGUGAAAAAAGUUUUGCCAUGUCACACUGGCUACAGCAACAUGUAAGGAUACACAUGAAUGCUAAACCAUUUGAAUGUGAUAUUUGUAAUCAGAAAUUUCGAGAAAAACAUCAUUUAACUCGACAUCAAUUCGUACACACCGGUGAAAAACCAUUUUCGUGCGGUGUUUGUGAUAAACAAUUUACACAAAAGAGUAAUUUACGAUCACACAUGAGAACACAUACAGGGGAAAAACCGUACGUGUGUUCGAUAUGUAGUGAAGUUUUCCAUGAUUCGAGUAGUUUGAAGAAUCAUCAGACAAUGCAUGUUACACAAUAA